GGCGCCACGUUUCAGUAGUAUACAAACAAGCUGUCAAUGGCGUCGUUUGGUGAGAAGAUUCUCAGUUACCACGACGUUCUUCUUCGAGAAUCGGAUGUUGAACUACUUGACGGACCCUACUGGCUCAACGAUGCUAUCAUAACAUUUUGGAUGCAGUUCAUGGAACACGAACUCUACCAGCAGCAUUCACCCUCUGUUGCUUUCGUAACUCCUGAUGUGGUCCAUUUCGUCAAAUCAAGUUCAGGAAGCGAUCUCGCUGAAGAGCUCAAGUCGCUAGAGCUUCAAAAGAAGGACGUUGUUCUGUUGCCCGUCAAUGAUUGUGCCUGUUUAGAUUCGCCAGGGGGUUGUCACUGGAGUUUGCUCGUUUACUCGAGAAAAGAUGGCAAAUUCGCACAUUACGAUUCAAGUAAAGGAACGAAUUUAGAGCACGCACAGCGCGUUGCAAAGGCGUUGUUGCCGGUGUUAAACGCAGAAGUAAUUGAUUUGGUCGAAGUACAAUGCCCACAGCAGAAGAAUUCCUACGAUUGCGGUGUUCACGUGAUCUACAAUUUGGACAGAGUGUGCCAAAAAUACAUGGAAGACUGCCAGGACAAUACUCAUCGUCUCGCCUUGAAGAACGACAUGGAACAAAAUCGACACAUCUUAAAGCGGCUUGUGCUAGAAUUGGCCCAGAAAAGUAAAUAAAGAUUUGUGUUUU